CAACCACAGAUUCCAUGAUGCCCAGAAUUAAUUCCAUGAUGCCCAGAAUUAAUUUCAUGAUACUUAGAAUUCAUUCUACUAUGGCAACUACAGAUUUCACGAUGCCCAGAAUUUAUUCUACUGCAGCAACCACAAAUUUCAUGACACUCAGAAUUAAUUCCACGACACCCAGAAUUCAUUCUACUGCGGCAACCACUCAAGCCCAAUUGGCCCCACAAAUUUUAUCAACUGCUACUCGUACCAAAAUUCCAAUUUCUAUGUCAUCAACAUUAUUAAAAAGAAUUUCACUUUCAUCCCAAACAUGUCUAAUGAUGAA